CUCUCUCUCUCUCCCUCUUCAUUUCUAUAUCUCUCUACUUGAACUCAAACCUAUAAAGAAAUAGGCCACCAACCCUCUUAUGCUCUUCUUUGUUCCCACACAUCCUGUUCCUACAUGAGCAUGAGCAUUUGCUAGAAUAUAUAUACAAUUCUCUACAGUUUCACGUAAAUGAUGGCAUCCCCUUCCGAACUAAGCCUUGACUGCAAACCCCACAGCUAUUCUUUGCUGCUAAAAUCCUUUGGAGACCAGCCUGACCAGACCCAAAAGCUUGAAGACUUCCUUGCUCGUCUCGAAGAAGAACGCCUCAAGAUCGAGGUCUUCAAGCGCGAGCUACCUCUCUGCAUGCAACUUCUCACGGAUGCUGUGGAGGCUUCAAGGCAGCAGCUGCAGUCCUACAGAGCAAAUCAAGGGGCAAGACCAUUUCUUGAAGAAUUCAUACCCCUCAAGCAUUCAACCCCGAAAGGCUCGGAAAAAACAUCAAACAUGUCCGACAAGGCCAAUUGGAUGACAUCUGCUCAACUAUGGAGCCCAGCAGGCGAUGAAACCAAGCAUCAAUCCACGCUAACAUCUUCCAAGGAACCCGAUAUUGGCUUCACGGUUAGUCCAAAGCUGGGCUUCGAUAACAAACAGAGAAAUGGAGGAGCCUUCCUUCCAUUCUCAAAAGAACGGAACUCGUGCCCAAGUCCAAAUCUACGGGUUCUUCCGGACUUGGCUCUUGCUAAUUCUGCUGAUCAUAAGGACGUAGAAGAGAAGAAAUGUUCUGAGACGGAAAACGGAAUAGCCUUCUCAAGGAGGGAGAAUUGUGGUAAGGUUGUGAAUGGAGGUGCGACAAUGGAGCAAGUAAAGGCAGCAAUUACUCCAUCAGAAGCACAGACCACAGCUGCAGCUCCCACCGCCAAUACUCAAACUCACAGGAAAGCUAGGAGGUGUUGGUCGCCGGACUUGCACCGGCGAUUUGUAAAUGCCCUUCAGAUGCUCGGUGGUUCUCAAGUGGCCACCCCAAAGCAAAUCAGAGAGCUGAUGAAAGUUGACGGUUUGACCAAUGAUGAAGUUAAAAGCCAUUUGCAGAAGUACAGACUCCACACUAGACGACCUAGCCCAAGCCCACAAGCCGCCGGAGCCGCUGCCCCUCAGCUGGUGGUCCUAGGAGGCAUAUGGGUCCCACCAGAGUACGCCACCGCAGCUCACACCGGCGGCCCCACCCUCUACGGCGCUCACCCACCGUCCCACACUUCCCCACACUACUGCGGUCCCCCAGUGCCCCAAGACUUCUACGCAGCACCCGCCCAACCCCACCACCAGUUGCACCACCACAGCCUCCACCACCAGCUCCACAUGUACAAGGCCUCUCCCCAGACACAGAGCUCUCCGGACUCCGACAUGAGGGGGGCAGGAGACCGUUCGGAGAGCAUUGAAGAUGGGAAGUCGGAGAGCAGUAGCUGGAAGGGUGAGAGUGGUGAGAAUGGAGGAGAGAGAAAAGGGUUGGUUACGUUGAGAGAUGAUGGAGAAGAGAGUAAUAGAGCGAUGGAAGUGCGAUUACUUUCAACUUCUAACUUCUAAGCCUUCUAGGCUUCUACCAUUCUACGGCUAGGUUUAGGGUCAGGAUUAGGAGCAGAGGUAGGGUUUCUAUUUUUUUUCUUUUUUUCUUUUUUUCCCUCUCUAUAAUGUUAAAUAUGUGAGAGAGGGUAAAGAGGGCAUAAGGAAAAAGUGGGUGUUUGUUUUGUUUUACAAAUAUGCUUCAUGUCCUAUUUUAAAAAAGAUUGAACAUUGGAUUAUAUGGAUUUUGGCGUUUUUCUGA